AUGGAGGAGGAUGUUUGUUCAAAUGAACCUCUUCUUCAGACAGAGAAACGAAGCAAAGAACUGUGGCUAUGGAGGCGUUUGAUGCCUUUGGUGGCGCUACUAAGCUUUACAAUUUCAACCGCCAUAGCUCUUGUGUUUUAUUUUAUUCUUUUCUCGCAGUCUUCGCUGGCUGAGCAUGGUUACACCUCGAUGCUGCUCCCGGGUUUGAAGACUCCACCUCGAGGAAUGGGAUAUAUUCAACUCGAAAAGGUGAAAGAGUUGGGCGCUAUCCCUGAUUUUAUUCAAAGUGUCAACACCGAUGAAUCGGGCCGGUUCUGCGUAGCUGUUUUCCAUCAACUUCACUGCCUUUAUCUCAUCUUCGAAGAGUACUCCCAGGCCCUACAGGGCCAAAUCCAGAAGCCAUCAGGUCACACGGUGCAUUGCUUUGACUAUCUACGUCAGUCGAUUAUGUGUGCGGCAGAUUCAAACCUGGAGCCUUUCCGGUCACGGUUUGAUGGGAUGAGACCGGGGGAUGGGGUAGAUGGGAUUGGGAGUAUUCACCAGUGUCGCAAAUAUGAGGAUGUGUUUGCGUGGGCUGAUCGGUUCCGGUAUAAUGAUGAUGGAGAUGCGGAGCGUUUCUCAGGUUCGGAAGGGUAA